AUGACGGCCGCCAAGUUCUUGCUGAUGCGCUCCGUGAUUGACAUCUGCCAGGAGGUGAUCAAGCAGUCCAAUGUGCAGAUCCUGGUCCCCCCCGCACGCCCUGACAUUAUGCUUUUCCGUCCGGGGGCUGCGGACCUCGGCUUCCCUCUUGACAUGACCAACGGCACCGCUUUGGCGCCCAAUGGCAACGGCAUUGCUGGAAUGCCUGAAGAUGAGGCCACGCGGGCCGCGCUCACGGCUGCACAGUCCUCCCUACCUGUCCUGCAGGGUGUGGACCGCCUGCCCAUGGUGGCAGGACCUCUGUCCCCACCGCUGCUGGCCUCGCCCUUCCAGAACGUUGCUGCUAGUGCCCCCACUUUAAGCACCAAGAGGGGCAGAGGGCGUCCCCGUAAAGCCAAUCUCUUGGACUCCAUGAUGUUUGGUGCCCCGGGGGGCCUGCGAGAGGCUGGUAUCCUGCCUUGUGGCCUCUGUGGGAAAGUAUUCACGGAUGCUAAUCGUCUUCGCCAGCAUGAGGCUCAGCACGGGGUGACAAGCUUGCAGCUGGGCUACAUAGACAUCCCACCCCCAAGACUGGGUGAAAAUGGUGUCCCUGGUCCGGAUGACCCCGAUGCACCCCGGAAAAGAAGCAGGACGAGGAAACAGGUGGCCUGUGAGAUCUGUGGCAAGAUUUUUCGGGACGUGUACCACCUGAAUCGGCACAAGCUGUCGCACUCUGGCGAAAAGCCUUACUCUUGUCCCGUGUGUGGCUUACGGUUCAAGCGGAAAGACAGGAUGUCCUAUCACGUUCGAUCUCACGAUGGCUCUGUGGGAAAGCCCUACAUCUGCCAGAGCUGUGGAAAAGGCUUUUCCAGGCCAGACCACUUGAACGGACACAUCAAACAGGUGCAUACCUCAGAGAGACCUCACAAAUGUCAGGAAAAUGGCAGCCACCAUGGAAUAAGCUCAGAGACAUCCACAUCCAUAGAAAAGUUGAAACUUCAAGAGACUUGUAAUGCUUCCUUUGCCACUCGUGACCGACUGCGCUCACACCUAGCAUGUCAUGAAGACAAAGUUCCAUGCCAGGUGUGUGGGAAGUACUUGCGAGCAGCAUAUAUGGCAGAUCAUUUGAAGAAGCAUAGUGAAGGACCAAGCAAUUUCUGCACUAUCUGUAACCGAGGUUUCUCCUCUGCCUCCUACUUAAAGGUCCAUGUUAAAACCCACCACGGUGUUCCCCUUCCCCAGGUCUCCAGGCACCAGGAGUCCAUCCCGAAUGGGGGAGCAGCGUUCCACUGCGUCAGGACCUAUGGCAUCAAAGGCCAGAAAUGUUCACAUUCGGACCCGAUUGAGAGUUCUGAUUCAUACGGAGACCUCUCUGACACCAGUGACCUCAAGACUCCUGAGAAACAGAGCACCAAUGGGUCCUUCUCGUGUGACAUGGCAGUCAGCAAAAACAAAAUGGAGACGGAAGGAGAGAAGAAGUACCCUUGUCCUGAGUGUGGCAGCUUUUUCAGAUCCAAGUCUUAUCUGAACAAACACAUACAGAAAGUUCACGUCAGGGCCCUUGGUGGCCCAUUAGGGGACCUAGGUCCUGCUCUAGGAUCCCCCUUUUCACCCCAACAGAACAUGUCUCUUCUGGAGUCGUUUGGGUUUCAGAUCGUCCAGUCAGCAUUUGCAUCAUCCCUAGUGGAUCCAGAGGUCGACCAGCAACCGAUGGGGCCAGAGGGGAAAUGAGAUCAGUCUGAUCCCAACAAAGCAAAGCAGCAGUCUGGCUAUAAUGAUGAGAUGCUGUGAAUGAAAGAGGAAAUAAUGAAAUUUGGUUCUAUAGCUGAGGAUUUUUUAUUCAUUUUAGCUUCCUUCUUUGUCUCAUGCCCUACCCCACCUUUAAACAUUCACUGGGGAGAGGGAGAAAAUGCUUCUUAGCUGAUAAAUUACAGAAGAUGGUGACCUUGAAAAGAAGACAUGACCUAAAACACCAAAUGGAGCUUUAGAGGCUGCUGCUGGCUUUUUGUCAUGAUCUUCUAGAAUAAACAGAAGUUGCCAGCAGUGAUGUGAGAAUUAGACAGUCCUGGUGACCAAGGCACCUGGGGAGCUACAGCUACAGGGAGCUAUGCUGUUCUCUCUCUAUUCCCCAUCUUCCCUAACCUACCCCAGAAAAACAGUAAGUUUUUAAAACAGACCUAUUAUUGACCCAUUAUUGAAUAUAAUGUUAAGCAAAAUGCCCCAUGGUACCUAGCAGGUCACAGUGCAGUUGUCCUUUUAAAACCAGAAAAUUUAAAGAAGGUGAGAGAAUUUGAACCCCUUCUGCCAUUUGUGAGGCUGUGAGUGCUGCAGCAGGACUGAACUGCUGAGAAAAAUCACCAUUCAGAACAGGUUUUUUUUGUUACUUUUAACCAUUAAACU